AUGGCUGAUCAAACAUUAUUAGCAAAAGCUCGCAAAACACGAUUUGAUGAUCUACCGAAUUUUUCUGGACAUCCUUCUGAGGAUGUCGAACGGUUUUUAAAAAGUAUUAAGAACAUAACCAAAGCAACUGAUGAAUCAACUAAUCAUGAAAUUCUGGAAAUAGUACGUGGCAAAUUAACUCAAUCAGCAGGAAUAUGGUUCGAUAACAAUGAAACUAAUUUCCACAAAUGGUCAGAUUUCGAAACGGCAUUUCGAAAUCGAUACUUUUCUUCAACAUCAAUACACAGGAAAUUUGAUACAUUAAAGCAACGUAAGCAAUUACCAGAUGAAUCAAUUACGUCUUACUGCGAUGAUAUUAAUAAUUUAUGCAAGGAAAUUGAUUCAAAUAUGUCGGAAAAAAUUAUCAUUCAACAUUUAAUGAGUGGAAUCAAUCCUGAUUUUAGGAAAGAAUUAUCAAGACGUGAAUCAUCUAUUAAUACAUUAAAUGAAUUUUUAAAAUACGCAAAAAUUGAACAAGAUUUAUAUGAUACAUUUCGUAAUUUAUCGAUUGAUUCACAACAAUUUGAUUUCAAUUUCAAUCGUCCACCAAUUCCAUCAUUAACUGCCACAGUCAAUCCACAAAAACAAUAUCAUUAUAAAAUAAAAUACAACAAUCCCACUUCACGUUCAACACAAUUUCAGAGCUCCGUUUCUCGACGGAACUCGGAUCCAAUAUGGGGAAAUCGAACAUCAACAAUACCUAAUACAAAACAAAUUCGGACUUAUUCAUCACAAUCAGUAUUAAAACAGAAACCAAUCAACACUCAACCAACAUCACAACAUCAAUUCAACAAUUGUAAAGUUUGUGGUCGACAAAAUCAUCGGACAAUUGAUUGUUAUUAUAAGCGUACAAUUGGAUGUUUCAAUUGUGGUGAAAAUCACAAUCCAUCAACAAUAACAUCAUUUCCCGUUUACAUCAAGAUUCGUAUCAAUAAUCAACCAACGGAAGCAAUUGUUGAUACAGGAUCCGCCAUCUCCAUUAUUCAUUCAAAUUUUCUCAAAACUAUUCAUCACCAAAAUUUUUUAUACCAAACUCAUUCAUGUCAAACUGCAAAUUCAACACCCCUUAAUAUUAUUGGUCAAAUACAAUUAGAAAUACAAAUUAAAUCUAUCAAAACUUAUGUUACUGCUCAUGUUGCUACAAAUUUAAUUACAUCAAUUCUUUUAGGCAAUGAUUGGAUAAAUUCGAAUCAUGUUCACCUUUAUGGUGACCAGAAAAAAUUAACUAUUCCUGAUCAACAUGAUCAAUUCAUUUCAAUUUCAUAUGUGGAACCAACAUGCAUUAAUUAUUCAGCAUUAUUAAUUCAACAAAUUACUCUUCCACCAUAUUCACAACAAUUAGUUGAUAUAACAUGUCAAAUUAACAAUGCAAAUAAUCUUAUAUUUGAACCUUAUGAACGUCAUAUAUCAAAAUUGAUUUUCAUGCCACAUACAUUAUUAGAUAUCAAUAAAAAUCAAGCCAAGGUAUUACUAAUAAAUGCACAAAAUCGACAACAAACAUUAUCAAAAAAUACACGAAUCGGAACCAUCUCCCGUGAUGCAACAUAUACAAUAUAUGCAACUACACAAAUUCCAACAAAAAAUAAUUCUAUUUUAAACGAACGUCAUCAAACAUCAACUCGACAUUACAAUAAAUUAAAAUCCAGAGCUGUCUUACGUAAAAGGGACAACUCGAAUCAAGAAAAAUUAAACAUUAUUUGUCAUCAUUGCAACGAACAUUUUUUAUCUGGAAAUGAUUUACAAAAACAUCUACGAGCAGAAUGUUAUUCCGAACAGAUUCGAAAACAAAUAUUCGAAUCGACUAAACAUAUAGAAAAUCCAAAACAUCGAUUAGAAAUUCAAGAUAUUUUAUGGCGAAAUAAAAUAUUAUUUGAUCCUACACCAUCAAUUAUUAAUAUUCCUCCACAAUCAGCAAUUAAAACUGCUGAUCAUCCACCUAUCUAUUCAAAACAAUAUCCAGCAUCAUCUAAAGAUCAAGAAAUUAAAUUUCAAGAAACACAAAAAUUAUUAGAACGUGGUCAAAUUGAAGAAUCAACUUCACCAUGGUCAUCACCAAUCGUUCUUGUUAAGAAAAAAGACAAAACUAUGCGAUUCUGUAUCGAUUACCGCCGAUUAAAUGCUAUUACAAUUAAAGAUGCAUUUCCACUUCCUCGAAUCGAUGAAAUUUUUGAUCAAUUAUCUGAUGCAACAUAUUAUACAAAAUUCGAUUACAAAUCUGGCUAUUUCCAGGUUCCUCUAUCUAAAGAGGACCGACCGAAAACGGCUUUCUCCACGCGAGACAAUCAUUAUCAAUUUACAGUUCUUCCACAAGGAAUAACAAAUGGUCCCGCAACAUUUCAACGUGUUAUUAAUCAUAUAUUAGGUCCUACACGAUGGAAAUAUGCAUUAGCUUAUAUUGAUGGUGUAAUUAUAUAUUCAAAAACAUUCGAAGAACAUUUAUCACAUGUCAAUGAAAUUUGUACAAUAUUAAAAAAUGCUCGAUUUCGUCUUAAUCCAGAAAAAUGCGAAAUAGCUCGAACUCAAACAGAUUAUCUUGGACAUAAUAUUAAAAAUGGUGAAAUUCGUCCAAGUCCUCAUAACAUUAAUGGUUUACUAAAUACAAGAUUAUCACAAACGGCAGAUGAAGCUUGUAAAUUUGUCAAAGCCGCUGAAUAUUAUAGAAAAUUCAUCCCAAAUUUUUCACAAAUCGCCGAACCACUUAGAAAAUUCGUACCAACUACUCGAACUCAACGAAAGAAAGGACAAAAAACUAUUAUUACGUUAACACAUGAAGAAAUUAAAGCCUUCGAACAACUUAAAAAUUUUCUUACAACUGAUCUGGUAUUACGACUUCCAAAUAACAGAUUCCCUUUUAAAGUACAAACGGAUGCAUCUGAUGAGGGAAUCGGUGCAGUACUAUUACAAAUUUAUCCAGAAGGUGAUAGACCUAUUGCAUAUUUAUCAAAGAAAUUUACACAAGCACAACGUAAAUGGUCUCCUAUGGAACAAGAAUGUUAUGCAUUUAUAUGUGCAUUAGAUAAAUGGCACAAUUAUUUAAGUGGAAUUACAUUUAUUUGGGAAACUGAUCACAAAGCAUUAACACAAUUAAAUAAAAAAGCACAAGUUAAUAAACGAUGUGAAAGAUGGAGAUUAAAAAUCUUAGAAUAUGAUUUUAAGGUGAAAUACAUUCCUGGUUCAAUUAAUUUAAUGCCUGAUUAUUUAUCAAGAUCUCCAGUUGAAGAUGCUGAAGAAGAUCCUGAUGAAACUACGCAUCUUAUUUCAAAAUCAACGCAAACCGAUAUUUCAAAUGUUAAUAAUCAUUCAUCUAUUGUCGCAGCUGUUGAAACUCGUGCUAUGAAAUUACGAAACAAAACUUUAAAUGACAUUUCAAAUACAAAAUUACCAUCAGAUUCUCUGAAUACUUCUAUUGAAGAGAAUCGCACAACUCCAUUUUCUAUCGAAGAAUUAAUUCAAGCUCAACAAAAUGAUGAUUACUCAAAAAAUAUUCUAAACAACAUCAAGAAAUAUAAAAAUUAUAUGACUAAAGAUAAUCUAUUAAUGCGUCGACUGAAUCCUCCAGUUCCUUGCGUACCACAAGGUGAUUUCCGAAAAACAAUUUUACAAAUUUAUCAUGAUACUGUAGCAAAUGGUGCUCAUUUCGGAAGAGAUAAAACAAUACAUAAAAUCAAACAACGUUAUUUUUGGCCAUCAAUGUACAAAGAUAUUAAUAAUUAUAUUAAAUCAUGUAUUCCAUGUGCACAAUUCAACCCUCGAGUAUGGCAAUUAGUAUCAAUGGAUUUCUAUGGACCUAUUACUCCAACAUCUCAACGUGGAAACAAAUAUAUUAUAUGUCUCACCGAUGUUCUAUCAAAAUUCGUAAUUACCAAAGCUGUACGUGAUAAUACAGCUCAAACAGCUAUUAGAUUUCUUAAAGAAGACAUUAUUUCAAAAUUUGGAACUCCUCGUUGUAUUCUUACUGACAAUGGAACACAUUUUACUUCAACAUUGAUGAAUGAAUUAAUUAAACAAAUCGGAUCAACACAUUUAUAUUCAACACCAUAUCAUCCUCAAACAAACGGUCAAGUUGAAAGAUAUAAUUCAACUAUGGAUGCAAAAAUUGCAUCUUUAUCAAAUUUACGUAAAACCGAUUGGGAUGAUCAAUUACCAUUUGUUACAUUUAAUUACAAUACUUCAAUUCAUUCCUCAACAAAACAAAUACCAUUCGAAAUGAUGUAUGGUCGAUCACCUGUUCUACCAUUCGAUCAUCAAGAUACAAAUGUUACUUUAUCAUAUGAUUCUGAACAUGUAAAAAAGCUUCAACAAUUUUUAUCAAAAUUAAAUGAACAAGCUAAACUCAAUAUCAUAAAAAAUCAACAACGAUACGAUAUAAAUCGUUCGAAUCCCUCAUAUAAUAUUGGUGAUUUAGUUCUUGUGAAAACACUCAACAUCCGUUAUAAAUUUGAUAUUCGUUAUGAAGGACCAUUUAGGAUCAUUCAAACAAUUACACCCAAAACAUUUAUCGUUCAACACGUCAAAAAAUCAACAUUAUAUCGUCAAGUUACAACCGACGUGUUAUUACCAAUAUUUGAACGAAUUUAUUAA